UAAAGCCUGUAUUUCUGUGUGUGUGUGUGUAUAUAUAUAUAUAUAUAUAUAAAAGCUCUAUUGCUGUAAAUAUUGGCCAUGCAACUAGGAAUUUUUGCUUUAUCUUAAGUUUUUUGUUUGGUGUAAAAAAAAUGGACUCAAAGCGACUCCUGGUAAAGACGAGUAACCGAAACACAGAUAUCACCCAAAGCAUUGAGGAUGACCCUUUGAUCGAUGGGCCACUCAUAGCCAGGAACGCCUUGGAGUCAGCCAUCAAAAGAGAGUUCCAAAAACUACCCACUAACUGGGGAGCCAUUACACUGACUGUGUUGCAUGUGGCGUAUGUGAGCGUGUGUGUGGCCCUGGCUGCUCUGUGCUGGUUAACUGACACUCACUCUGCGGAGUGCACAGCAGCAUUGAACGGGGUGGACUCGAGGUCCCUGGUGUUGUUAUUGAAGGUGGGCUUGUGGUUGCUAGUCUUUCUGUUCGAGAGAUGUGUGCAGUAUCACCACAGUGCAGUGAGGCGGAGAGGAUACCUGCGGUUUUACAGGAAAACUGCCAAGCUCAAGCACCUGCCAUUACUUAUACACUCUGCAGGUAACGCUGCCGUGCUGAUAGUAAUCGCCCCCGCCUCGAUGUUGGAUAACAAAGUGAAAAAUCUCUCCGUGUAUCUGCUGCUCGCCGUCAUCUGUGUGGAACUGCUUGCAUCUGUUAUAUGCCUUAUGGUGUAUGCAGUACAAGUGUCGAGGUUUAACAAGCAAAGUCUGGGUCCAGAUAUCACAGAAGACGAGAGAUCUCACACCUUCUCCGGCACCGACAGCGACAUGCACGCAGAAAUGGGCUUCAGAGAUGGCUCCAGUCUCGAAGAGGUGGUGGAGAAACAAGCCGACCUGAUCGAAUACCUGAAGCAGCACAACACGCAGCUGAGCAAAAGAAUCCUGACGCUCGCCACACAACAGACGCACAACCGAGACUGAAAGAAGAGGAGAGAAAUGAAGAAGAGCGGAUUCCCGUGUUUGACUAGGCUUUAAAUGCACGUGUCUGUUUGUGUUGUCCGUUUGCUGACUGACAACGGCGGCCGUGGUCGACUAAUCACAAGGGGUUUUAACGGGGGGGGGCGGAAAGAGCCUCUUUCUCCUUAACAUUGUUUUCAUGCUUCCCCCGGUAACAGGUCCUGGAAGCUAAAGGACGGCCAAAUGGAAUUUAAUAGGAAGUAAAAGAAAAACCUCAGUGAUCAAACCAGCAGCUGUGAAAGCGAGCAAUGAUUUAAACGCUUAUGUAAAAAUGUCACGGAUUUAGGAUGCGGUAGUAAUUGUAUGUCUCUGGGGUUUGGAAACUGAAUUUCUGAAUUGCACUGACCAAUAUCUUGAACUAUUCAAGUCUGACUGGGAUCGAUAUUGAGUAGCUUCUGUAGCUAAUAUUUAAUGCAAAGUGGGGUGUUUUUUAUUUUAUUUUAUUUUUUU